AUGCAACUUGAUUCUAGAUUCACUAUGAGAUUUAACAAUUUCGCUUUCCUCACGAACCCUCUCCCUGAAAAUCCACUGAACAAUGGAUUUGCUCCUACCUUGGAGCUAUCGUCCUACCACCACCAUUUUGAUCAACAUCAUGUUGAUAACCAUGAUGAGGCCCCUCUCAAUGGGUCUUCUCAACAUGGCUUAGGUCAUAUCAUGACCAAAUCUGCUUCAUCCACCCCUUUCUUUGGGGUUUCAACACCCAACGUCUCCUUUGAGACUGCUUACUCAAAAUCAUCUUUGCCUUUUUCGUCCCAAAACCAAAAUGGUAUCCUGCAUGGUUUGGCUCAAAAUGGUAUCACCACUACCGAGCCACAAACCUAUGUGUAUGCAGCCCCCGAGCCGCCUGUGACCUUGAACUUUCGAGAUUUGGGAUCGGCUAAAAACAUGGCCGAUAAUCAUCUCUCAUGCAUAACCACUCCUGAUUCUGUUCCUGGCCAGAAGGGAUUACAAAAAAGAUCAUCAGCCUCAUUUGUUGGCCAUGGUCUGAAGAAGAAAAAGAGGACUCAUAUGAACCGAAAGGCUGGCAAGGUUCAAAAGAAAUCCAAUGUUAUCAAAGGUCAAUGGACGCCACAAGAGGAUCGAGUGUUGAUGCAGCUGGUGGGGCGAUAUGGGAUCAGAAAAUGGUCGAAAAUUGCUAAGAUGCUCAGUGGUCGAGUGGGAAAGCAGUGUAGGGAGAGAUGGCACAACCAUCUGAGGCCGGACAUUAGGAAAGAUACAUGGAGUGAAGAUGAGGACAUAGUUCUGAUUGAGGCCCACAAAGAACUCGGAAAUCGAUGGGCCGAGAUUGCAAAAAGACUUGAUGGAAGAUCUGAGAACACCAUCAAGAACCACUGGAACGCCACCAAGAGGAGGCAAAGCUCGAAGAAGAAGAGCAGAGACCCCAACAACAAAGGCAGCACUCUUCUCCAGGACUACAUCAGGAGCCUCGAGCCGAGCGACGAGAAUUCCACCACCUCAACCCCUGAAAACAAUAACAACAACGGUGUGGCAGUUGUGGUGGGAGAGAGGCCAGAGUUUUAUCCUGAGGACCAUGAAGAGAUUGAACAUUAUGAGCAUGAGAACUAUGAUCCUGAUAACUAUGGUUAUGAAUCGAACGCAGCUGUUGUCCUGAUGGCCGCUGCCUCGGCUGACCAGAGCUCUGAUAUGAGUGAAGAUAGUACUGAUGAAGCCUGGACUGACAACUUCUAUAAUGUGGAUCUGGGUGCUAUGGAUGCGAAUGCUACAAAUGACAAGAAUCUUUACUCUGAGAGUUACGGGUUUCGGUCGUUGCUUGAGGAAAUGUCGUAUGGGUCUGUGAUUAUGAACGACGAGAAUGGUGUGGAUUUCCAGAUAAGGUCUGAGAUCGAGAGCCUUAUGCGAGGCCCUGGAGAGGCAGUGAAGAAGGAGAUGGAUUUAAUGGAGAUGCUCUGCCUGGGAAAGCUUUAAACAGAUAUCGCGAGCAAGUUCCAUAGAAGAAUCACCACAAUGCCUAGCUAGUACUAGUUCUUCAACUGGUUUCUAUGUAACCGUGGUGGCUUUAGAAAAUAUUUACUCAUUCAGUAUUGUCGUCGUUUACUUUUUUUUCGCGUCAAAAACAACAGUCGUUUCAUUGAAUGUCGUUUUAGUUUCUCAGUGUCUUAAGUCUCUAGUUUUAUUUUAUGUCGUGUGUCGUCGUGUCUUGGCCUUUCUAUACAGAUUUGUAUGUCUGUACUUGGGGGC